GCAACAUGGCAGCGGCAAUGGAAACAGAACAGCUGGGAGUUGAGGUCUUUGAAACUGCAGAGUGUGAGGAGAAUAUUGAAUCACAAGAUCGGCCUAAAUUGGAGCCGUUUUAUGUUGAGCGAUAUUCAUGGAGUCAACUUAAAAAGUUGCUUGCUGAUACUAGAAAAUAUCAUGGUUACAUGAUGGCUAAGGCACCACAUGAUUUUAUGUUUGUGAAGAGGAACGAUCCAGAUGGGCCUUAUUCAGACAGGAUCUAUUACCUUGCUAUGUCUGGUGAGAACAGGGAAAAUACACUGUUUUAUUCUGAAAUACCCAAAUCUGUAAACAGAGCAGCAGUCUUAAUGCUCUCUUGGAAGCCUCUUUUGGAUCUUUUUCAGGCAACCCUGGACUAUGGAAUGUAUUCCCGAGAAGAAGAACUCUUAAGAGAAAGAAAACGAAUUGGAACAGUUGGAAUUGCUUCUUAUGAUUAUCACCAAGGAAGUGGAACAUUUCUGUUUCAAGCUGGUAGUGGGAUUUAUCACGUAAAAGAUGGAGGGCCACAAGGAUUUACACAACAACCCUUACGACCCAAUUUGGUAGAAACUAGUUGUCCCAACAUACGAAUGGACCCAAAAUUAUGUCCUGCUGAUCCAGACUGGAUUGCAUUUAUUCAUAGCAAUGAUAUUUGGAUAUCCAACAUCGUAACCAGAGAGGAGAGGAGGCUCACCUAUGUGCACAAUGAGCUAGCCAACAUGGAAGAAGAUCCCAGAUCAGCUGGAGUUGCCACUUUUGUUCUUCAAGAAGAAUUUGAUAGAUAUUCGGGCUAUUGGUGGUGUCCAGAAGCUGAAUCAGCUCCAAAUGGUGGCAAAAUUCUUAGAAUUUUGUAUGAAGAAAAUGAUGAAUCCGAGGUGGAAAUCAUUCAUGUUACAUCACCUAUGUUGGAAACAAGGAGGGCAGAUUCAUUCCGUUAUCCUAAAACAGGCACACCAAAUCCAAAAGUCACUUUUAAGAUGUCAGAAAUAAUGAUUGAUGCUGAAGGAAGGAUUAUAGAUGUCAUCGAUAAGGAAUUAAUUCAGCCUUUUGAGAUUCUGUUUGAAGGAGUUGAAUAUAUUGCCAGAGCUGGAUGGACUCCAGAGGGAAAAUAUGCAUGGUCCAUACUGUUAGAUCGCUCCCAAACUCGCCUACAGAUAGUGUUGAUCUCGCCUGAAUUAUUUAUCCCUGUAGAAGAUGAUGUCAUGGAAAGACAGCGGCUCAUCGAGUCUGUGCCUGACUCUGUGACACCACUGAUUAUUUAUGAAGAAACAACAGACAUCUGGAUAAAUAUUCAUGACAUCUUCCAUGUUUUUCCCCAAAAUCAUGAAGAUGAAAUUGAGUUUAUUUUUGCCUCAGAAUGCAAAACAGGUUUCCGUCAUUUAUAUAAAAUCACAUCCGUCUUAAAGGAGAGCAGAUAUAAACGAUCCAGUGGAGGACUGCCUGCCCCAAGUGAUUUCAAAUGUCCUGUCAAAGAGGAAAUCGCAGUCACCAGUGGUGAAUGGGAAGUUCUUGGCCGGCAUGGAUCUAAUAUCCAAGUUGAUGAAGUCAGAAAGCUGGUAUACUUUGAAGGCACCAAAGAUUCUCCUUUAGAACAUCACUUGUAUGUGGUUAGCUAUGUAAACCCUGGAGAGGUGACCAGGCUAACCGAACGUGGCUAUUCUCACUCUUGCUGCAUCAGCCAGCAUUGUGACUUCUUUAUAAGUAAAUAUAGUAACCAGAAGAAUCCACACUGUGUAUCCCUUUACAAGCUAUCUGGUAUGGGAGAUGAUACAACUUGCAAAGCAAAGGAAUUCUGGGCCACCAUAUUGGAUUCAGCAGGUCCUCUUCCUGACUACACCCCUCCAGAAAUCUUCUCUUUUGAAAGUACUACUGGAUUUACACUGUAUGGAAUGCUGUACAAGCCUCAUGACCUGCAACCUGGAAAGAAAUAUCCCACUGUGCUGUUCAUAUAUGGUGGGCCUCAGGUUGCCAUUGCUGGGGCCCCUGUCACCCUGUGGAUCUUCUACGAUACAGGAUACACAGAACGUUACAUGGGUCACCCUGACCAGAACGAACAGGGCUAUUAUUUAGGAUCUGUGGCCAUGCAAGCAGAAAAGUUCCCUUCUGAACCAAAUCGUUUACUACUCUUGCAUGGGUUCUUGGAUGAGAAUGUCCAUUUUGCACAUACCAGUAUAUUACUGAGCUUUUUAGUGAGGGCUGGAAAGCCAUAUGAUUUGCAGAUCUAUCCUCAGGAAAGACACAGCAUAAGAGUUCCUGAAUCUGGAGAACAUUAUGAACUGCAUCUUUUGCACUACCUUCAAGAAAACCUUGGAUCACAUAUUGCUGCUCUGAAAGUGAUAUAAUUUUGACCUGUGUAAAACUCUGUUAUACACUGGCUGCUUAACCACAUGAGGAGGUUAAUCAAUAGAGAUCAUCGCAUUUUGGUACCUGCCAUGUAACAUCUAUUUCUGAAAGAAAAUUUGGUGCCACACAGGUGUUUACAGCUUGUGGGUAGUAAUCUAAUACCUUAAAUGUACACACUCAAAAUUGAAUGGCACAUAUUUCUAUACCAUGAAAAUUACUGAAAGAAAUAAGGCAUUAGCACCACAUAUUCAUACUGCCCUAUUUUCACUUUUAAAAGCAUUAUAAACCUCAUGAAUUUAAUUAGUGUAUUUUUACAGUAUAUUUCGAGUUUGUUAAACUAUGAUGAAAUUAGCUAUUGGUUUGGUUCAAUUCCAGAAUCUCUGACUAGUUACCGAUUUGAUAGCGUUUAAGUAUAAUUGAUACUUAUGCUUCAUUGCCUGGGGUAUAUCCAGCAUGAGUUAAUCACUAGUAAACCUCUGACUUAACCAGUCAUUAAUAAUUUUCAAGGAUUACUUAGUCAUCUCCUAAAAACACUGAUUUUAGUUCACUCAAAUUCUGACGAGUUUUUAGUCAAUUUAAACGGUAACCGUAUAAGCAGUUUUUCUUUUUCUCUAAUAAUAUACCAGAAUGGGUCUAUCUUUACACAUAAACACAGACAACUACAUAAGUAACAGUGAUUUAAUUUGUCUUAAGAAAUUAGUUGUUAUAGACAAAUUUUAAUCAAAUUAUUAAAGCUUAAAAAUUCACAGGCAGGUUUUUUUUCCCCUUAGGAAAAGAAUAAGUACAUACUUGUAGUCUCCAGAAAAUUUAGUAAUGCCUGUUUUCAUCUGGAAUUUGGUUAUUAAAAUCCAGAUAUUUAGAGCGAUGGUAGGAAAUCAGAGUGGAUGAAGAGACUAGGGUGUGGGAAAUCAUUGAGAAGAGGAAGUGAGGAUCUGCUUAUGAACAAAGCAGAAGUAUCAACAAAGAUGAAUGUGAAAAGGUUUGGAUUUGGAAAUU